GUGUCUCACAUGGCUAAGGAGCGACGCGGAAGUCAUGCAGUGUCUAAAAACGAAGACGCCCGACUUGCCGCAGGGACACAUCAACCAGCGUUUGCGGCACUUCCCGAAUCCUGUGAAGUGCCGGGUCAGGUGCCCACAGGCUUUAGGCGUGGCUCCAGGUGCAACGUCGCUGAAGAAAAGGCAGUCGCAGCUCCGUCACUCGCACUCAACGUUCACCGCAAGAGCAUCACGCUGCCUAAUGCCGAAGACUUCUGCGAGCUCCCUAAGCUGUCACCGACUGCACCCUCAAUACCUAUGGCCCCUCCUCAAACAACAAGUCGGAGUCCUCCUAAGUCCAAGGCCGGCUCAAGGCACGACAUAGCAGAAGUAAAUCCAUCCUCACCUCCAGCGUGCGUGGUCACCCUUCCUAAGAGCUCUACAGCUGAUGAAGGAGAGAAAAUUGUCGGUAAUGUGAAGCUGCUGCCGCCCAAGCCUACUUCACCGUCGCUUCGAGAUAUGCCACAGCAGGAACAGGCUCCAAGAGCCAGGCGAGGGUCUAUGAAUGAACUGCAGGCAAACAAGCUAGAGUACCAGGCUACCGCCCAAGAUCAAAACGACGCUCUCGGAAAAAAAGUUGUUGAAGCUGGUGACCAACAAAAACUCAAGGCUGCUCCGGGCUAUAAACAAGAAAGUCAGCUAUUUCUGACCGCCCCACAACAAUUCGCCCAAAACCGAAACCCACCACCGCUCUGGCCGGAAAAAGUGGUUGUCCAGCGAGCCUCCUACGACUGGCAUUCCGAGCUAGAUGACCGGCAGACGAAUACGUGGCCAUGCAUGCUCUUCACGGUGGCUUUCUUGGUCGGCCUAGUAAUCCUUCUCAUCUUCUUUCUGGUCGACUCAACCAAGAAGUUGGCCUCGUUAGAGAGAACUACAACAACGAGCCCACUUACAACUCCAUUGACAAGAAAGGAGCGCGAGAUAAUCGAGUCAGCGACGAGUGCUCUUUCGGUCGUCCCCAACGGCACUGAAUCCACGACAACGACGACAACCGAGGUCGCGUUCUCUGCCGAGAAAGAGGAGGAGUUGGAUGUCUCGAUGGCUACUCCAACAAGCGACUACGAAGAAGAGUAUCAACAAACUGAAACUUCCUGGUUCACUCGCAGCCAGAACCGAGGUGGGCUACUUUACCCGUCAGACCAGUUGCUGUUUGUCGUUGGCGUGCUGAGAGCAUUUGCGGAUCAUGCUCUGAAGGACAAUGCGACUUUGAAAAAGCCAUUGUCUACCCUUGUUAAGUAUGCUGUGCAAGCACUGUGUGCUUCAAACCUGCUUAAGUGCAAGGAGAUGGAUGACACUCACAGUGCUGAGCUCAUGGAGCUGAUAUCUGUUCGGUUUUUGCGGCCUAUGCUGGUGAACUACGCAUUCACUGUCAGUGACAAGCAUAAUGAUUUCAAGGCACUGAAAGUUAUAAAAGAGGAACUGCAUGAGGAGACCGAGGUGGAAGGAAAGUGCUCCCAUAAGCGCCAACUUACUGAAUUUCCUAACCUUGGCAGUCUUUCUGCUGUGGCCUACUGCAGCACUGCUGAACAUCAGCGUCCCUUCGUCUUUGCAGCGUCCCCAUAG